CCGAUUGCAUCUCCGACAGAUAGACACGAGGCCCCGAAGCGCAGCGACCAAUCAGAACCCAGAAGUCAGAGAGCCCCCACUAAACCUAAGGAUUUAAUUUCCCAAAAUAGCACCGCGGCGAGCCAGUCCCAUCGAACUCGACGCCACGGCGAAAUGCGGCGCCGGAACGACGCCGGCGACGGCGACGGCGACGGCGACGGCGCGGGCGAUUGGAGGCCGGAAGACGAUCCCGCGGAGCCCUCCUGCUCGCUCGAGGGCGGUGGCGACUCGCCGGUGCCGAUGCAGGCCUCCUCCGGCGACUCGUUGUGGCAGUGGCGGAGCCAGGGCCUCUCCGAGGUGGUGUUCUCGUGGUCGGUGGACCAAAUCCUCAACAAGGACCUGCUCCGAGAUAAGGUGUCGAAGAUCCCAGAUACAUUUCACAGCAUGGAGCAGUACAUGACAUCAUUUUUUGGACCCCUUUUAGAGGAGGUCCGGGGUGAUAUGUGUUCAAGCAUGGAGGACAUCUCCAGAGCUCCAUUUGCAAGUGUGCAAUCAGUUGAUGCAAUGAGAAAGGGGAAAGGACUGUAUGAGAUCAAGCUUGAUAGAUGGAGGGGAGGGUCUCAUGGUUGUGGGACUGAGGGAUAUAGGCCGAAAGCAGCAGAUGUGCUACUGAUUUCAGAAACGAGACCAGAAAAUCAAUCUGAUAUUCUUAAACAGUCCAAAUCCUGUGUCAUCAUAUGGGUCAAUAAGGUUCAGGGUAAUAAGAUGACAGUCAAGGCAUCAAGGAGGAUGGAGACUGGGGCUCAUGGAGAUGAGCGGCAACAAAUAGGUGUUAACAAGUACGAGAAGUUGUAUGCUGAAGGUUUCGACAAGUCAUGGGAGAUGCUGGAUCAAGAAGCAAUGGCUCCAAAAUCCAGAAACUCAUCUGUAAAUCAAAAAGUCUGGAAAGAACCUCCAAAUGAUAGAAAGCGCUCCAAGAACUCUACUGAUCCGCAGGAACAAAAUGAGACAGGGAUAUAUGGAAAUUCAUCAAGGCGAUGGUCCUUCUAUGCUAUGUACCUGACUAAUAUGAUAACGUAUGAUCGUGUUUGGAUUGUGCUCCGAAGAGGGCUGACAAUGGAUUCAAGAAUCAUUCUUAACAUGCUGGGAAAAAACAAUCACGCUAUUAGACAUUGUAACUACUGCAGCAAUAAAUCAUAUGAUGAAAUCAAGGGUGGCCUCUGCAAUUUUAAACUGAAUGAAUCACAGCUUGGUGCAGUGGCAAGUUGUAUUUCAGCAAGUAAUUGUUUUCAUAGAUCUUCCGUGAGGCUGAUUUGGGGGCCCCCUGGCACAGGUAAAACUACAACACUUGCAGUGAUGCUACACAUGCUUCUGAUGAAGAAACAGAGAAUUCUUGCAUGUGCUCCAACCAACAUGGCUGUCUUGCAAGUAGCUUCUCGUCUUAUUGGGUUGAUUGAGGACUUCUCUCUAAAACAUCACUAUUCCUUUGGUGACAUCAUUUUAUUUGGUAACAAGGAUCGUUUGCACAUUGGCAAGGAGUUGUCGAAGAUAUAUUUGGAUGAUCGUGUCCAUAAGUUGCUGAGGUGCUUUAAAAGAGAAAAUGGGUGGAAGCAUUGUGUGGAUUCUGUCCUGAAAUUCCUAACAAAUUGCAUUUCUCGGCACAGAAUGUCCCUAGAUAUACAACCAGCAGGCAGUGGUGAAUGCAACCUCACUUUUAAGAAGUACUUUACCAGUAAAUUCAGUAGCUUAGCAAAAGAAUUGGUAGCAUGUAUAUCAACAUUCUCUGACCAUCUUCCAGUGGAUACCCUGGGCAAGAACUUUGACAAGAUGAUGUUUCUGAAAAGUUUGUUGGACAAAAUGCAGCAUUUAUUGUGUGCAGAUGAUGUCUCUGAUGAGCUUCUUUUUAAAAUCUUCAAGCCUUCUGACAAACUUCCUGACCCUUCUACUAGUCAUGAUGACCUAGCAGAUGAUGCAACUGAGGGUCUUCCUGACCUUGACAUCUCUCUGGAUAACCCUUUGGAGAUAAAGUCUAUGUGUAUUAAAAUCCUGAUGGAUCUUUCGAAAAUGCGGCUUCCUUGUGAAGACAAUGAGUCUUCAAUCAGGGACAUGUGUUUGAAGCAAGCAAAACUCAUAUUUUGCACCGCAUCUGGUUCGUUUGAUUUGUUCAGGCUGCAAAGCGUGUUGCCUAUAAGUAUCUUGGUUAUCGAUGAGGCAGCACAACUAAAAGAAUCUGAAUCACUGGUUCCUCUCUUGCUCCCAGGAAUAGAACAUGUUCUGCUAAUUGGGGAUGAAAACCAGUUAUCAUCAUUGGUAAAGAGUAAGAUUGCUAAAGAUGUUGACUUUGGACGGAGCCUCUAUGAGAGAUUGUGUGCAAUGGAUUACAACAAGCACUUGCUGGAAGUACAAUAUAGAAUGCACCCUUGCAUCAGUAAAUUUCCAAAUGCUAAGUUUUACGGUAACCGGAUUUCAGAUAGUCCCAGUGUCAAGAAGAAAGAUUAUACCAAGAGUUAUCUCCCUGGUCCUAUUUAUGGUUCUUAUUCAUUCAUUCAUAUUGAAAAUGAUAUGGAAAUGCUUGAUGACCUCGGUCAGAGUUCAAAAAAUAUGGUUGAGGUUGCUGUAGCAGCCAAUAUUAUUGAAAGACUCGCGAAAGAGUGCUGGAAGAAGAGCCGGAGAACCAGUGUUGGUGUGAUAUCCCCGUAUACGGCCCAAGUGAUUGCUUUGCAAGAAAAACUUGGAAGAAAGUUUGAGAAACAUGAGUUCCUAUCGGUUACAGUGAAAUCUAUCGAUGGAUUUCAAGGUGGCGAGGAAGACAUAAUCUUAAUUUCAACAGUUAGGUCCAAUAAAGAUGGGAAAAUAGGCUUUCUCUCUGAUGCUGGAAGAAUUAAUGUGGCUUUGACAAGAGCAAAGCACUGCCUUUGGAUCCUUGGAAAUGGAGCCACUUUGCUUGCUAGCAAUUCAAUAUGGGCAGAAUUAGUAAAUGAUUCGAAAAGACGUGGAUGUUUCUUUGAGGCUCGCAAGGACAAGGAUUUAGCAGAAACAAUGAGGCUUGUAAUGAAGAGAAAUGGCCGCAGAAUUGAUGCAACUGGAGAGCCAUCUUGGCCAUCAAGGGCAAGGCAUGAUGUAACCGGUGCUGGCAACAGCACACCAAUAAGACGGAGUCAGCUUCCACCUUUUGGCAGUGGAAGGGGCAUAAAUAAUGGUCAUGCUUGGCAACAAAAUGGCUAUGAUUUGCGACUAAAGGCAAGUCAUCCAAACAAACCUGUUUUCUUAGCUGGUAGAGAGGACAGGCAUGGACUGCACUUCGAGCAGCACAGAACCUACAGUAAUCAAUCACGGGGUGUGCCUGCUAAUCAAUAUUGGCCCAACAGGUUCGGACCUUACCAUGAUAAGAAUGGUGAUCCGCAAGGGUUCAGAGGACAGGUUGAGCAGCAUCUCGGAGAACAUUAUCAUAGCAGAACUUAUCAGGAACCCAUCUGCAGUACUUCUCAAACAAGUAAUGGUAGGUUUGCUCCUGGAUCAGUUCGGAGGGCAGGAUCACACAGCCAAACUAGUGUUCUUGGUGAAUGGCAACCUUCAGGAGGUUACUGCGACAGGGAAUUUCAGAACAGGACUGCUUAUCCAUUCGGGCCAGUUUCUUCUCAAAGAAGGUUUAAUUCAUAUGGAAAUGCUGAUCCCCACCUUUCAAGUAUGAAUAAAGAGAGGCAGCUUAGUCGUCAUCCCCAAGGAGCACCUUACACAUACAGGGAACGGGCACCGUACAGGGGACAUGGUGGUCGAGGUAGAGAAAAUCUUUCAUUUCAUGAGAGAGCAAUGAGGGGUGAUCGGGAUGAACAGGCCAAUAACAAUCAGAUGGAAGAACCUCAUUGUCGGGUGCAGAAUAGCAGUUCUGAAGCGGCAUCCCAUGAUUUGCCAGUUCCUGAGCAGAGAGGGAUGAAAAGAAACUGGUGCAAAGCAGAAGCAUCAGAUUCACCUCGCCAGGACAAUACAAAAGCAAGGCCCAGUGUCAAAAGUGCAUAUCAGCCUAAUUGUCAAGCCCAUGAUGGCAGUCCUGGAGCUGCAUCCCACAAACUGCUAGUCCCCAAGCAGCCCGGGAUGAAACGAGAGGGAUGUGAAGCUGAGUCAUCGAAUCCAUCCCAUCAGGACAACACAAAAGUAAGACCUGAAAGUGCAGAUCGACCCCAUAAUAAAGCACAGGAUGAAAGUUCUGGAGUUGCGUCCCUUGAACUCCCAGUUCCUGAGCAGUUGAGAAGAGAGGGAUGUGAAGCAGAAGCAUCAUAUUCACCUGACCAGGACAACACAAAAGUAAGUUCUGAAAGUGCAGAUCAACCUGAUGGUCAAGCACAUGAUGGCAGCUCUGGAGCUGCUUCACACGAACCACCUGUUCCUGAUCGGCCUGAGUUGAAACAAGAGGUAUGUGAAGCAGAAUCAUCAAGUUCACCCCACCAGGAUGACACGGAGGCAAGCGCCCAAAGUUUAGAUCGACUACAUUGCCAGAUGCAGGAUACAAGUUCUGGAGCCGCUCCCGCUCCCCAUCAACUGCAUGCUCUUGAGCAGGAGGGAUGCAUGGAAACAGAUUUGGGUGAUGCAGAAGCAACCGUUAUACCUGAUAUUAACAUUAGACUUGAAAGCAUAGAACAAGAUAGCUAGAUAGAAUUCUAAGUUUGAUAUAUGCUUCCUCUACCUUUUUUUUCUGUAUAGGCUAGUCAUAUGAUCUUCCCUUUUGUUCUAUAUCACCCCAAAAGAAAGUAUAAGCAUGCAGUGUUGUUUUAGAUAAUUUGUUUUUUGGCUGGUGGACUCUGGUGACCUUCCGGAAAUGUUGAUUGUUGUAGCCCGAGAAAUAAGAUCAAGUGUAUGUCCGGGUUGCAGGCUGUUUGUGUAA